AUGGAAACGGGGUCAGCUUCUGGGGUCAACCUGGUGGUUCUGGUUCUGGAGCAAUUCAGAAUGAAAGAAACUCAUCACUUCAUCUCUCCUCCAUCACCCUUUCAUCCCUCAGUGCCUCCUGCUGAACCGUUGGAAUCUGAUGGAGGAACCAUCGGAACCAACGGAACCAUCGGAACCAACGGAACCAUCGGAACAGACGGAACCAUCGGAACCAACGGAACCAUCGGAACAGACGGAACCAUCGGAACCAACGGAACAAACGGAACAAACGAAACCAUCGGAACCAACGGAACAAACGGAACCAACGGAACCAUCGGAACAAACGGAACCAAAGGACCCAGCGGAACCAACGAAACCAUCGAAACCAACGAAACCAUCGAAACCAACGGAACAAACGGAACCAACGGAACCAACAGAACAAACGAAACCAUCGGAACCAACGGAACCAUCGGAACCAACGGAACAAACGGAACAAACGGAACCAUCGGAACCAACGGAACAAACGGAACCAUCGGAACCAACGGAACAAACGGAACAAACGGAACCAUCGGAACCAACGGAACAAACGGAACCAACGGAACCAUCGGAACAAACGGAACAAACGGAACCAACGGAACCAUCGGAACCAUCGGAACCAAAGGAACAAACGGAACCAUCGGAACCAACGGAACAAACGGAACCAUCGGAACCAACGGAAACCAACGGAACCAACGGAACCAUCGGAACCAUCGGAACCAACGGAACCAUCGGAACCAACGAAACCAACGGAACCAUCGGAACCAACGGAACCAACGAAACCAUCGGAACCAACGGAACCACCGGAACCAUCGGAACCAACGAAACCAUCGGAACCAACGGAACCAACGAAACCAUCGGAACCAACGGAACCACCGGAACCAACGGAACCAACGGAACAAACGGAACCAUCGGAACCAACGAAACCAUCGGAACCAACGGAACCAACGAAACCAACGGAACCAAACCAACGGAACCAUCGGAACCAACAGAACAAACGGAACCAUCGGAACAAACGGAACCAAAGGAUCCAGCGGAACCAACGAAACCAUCGGAACCAACGGAACAAACGGAACCAUCAGAACCAACGGAACAAACGGAACAAACGGAACCAUCGGAACCAACGGAACAAACGGAACCAUCAGAACCAACGGAACAAACGGAACAAACGGAACCAACGGAACCAACGGAACCAUCGGAACCAACGGAACCAUCGGAACCAACGGAACCAUCGGAACCAACGGAACAAACGGAACCAUCGGAACCAACGGAACAAACGGAACCAUCGGAACCAACGGAACCAUCGGAACCAACGGAACAAACGGAACCAUCGGAACCAACGGAACAAACGGAACCAUCGGAACCAACGGAACCAACGGAACCAACGGAACAAACGAAACCAUCGGAACCAAAGGAACAAACGGAACCAUCGGAACCAACGGAACAAACGGAACCAUCGGAACCAACGGAACGAGCGGAACCAACGGAACCAUCGGAACCAAUGGAACAAACGGAACCAUCGGAACCAACGGAACAAACGGAACCAUCGGAACCAACGGAACAAACGAAACCAUCGGAACCAAAGGAACAAACGGAACCAUCGGAACCAACGGAACAAACGGAACCAUCGGAACCAACGGAACGAGCGGAACCAACGGAACCAUCGGAACCAUCGGAACCAACGGAACCAACGAAACCAACGGAACCAUCGGAACCAACGGAACCAACGGAACCAUCGGAACGAGCGGAACCAACGGAACCAUCGGAACCAACGGAACCAUCGGAACCAACGGAACUAGCGGAUCCAGUGGAACCAACGGAACCAACGGAACCACCGUAACCAACGGACCCACCGUAACCAACGGAACCAACGGAACCAUCGGAACCAACGGAACCAGCGGAUCCACCGGAACCAACGGAACCACCGGAACCAUCGGAACCAACGGAACCAUCGGAACCAUCGGAACCAUCGGAACCAACGGAACCAGCGGAUCCAGCGGAACCAACGGAACCAUCGGAACAAUCGGAACCAACGGAACCAUCGGAACCAACGGAACCAGCGGAUCCAGCGGAACCAACGGAACCAUCGGAACCAACGGAACCAUCGGAACCAACGGAACCAGUGGAUCCAGCGGAACCAACGGACCCAACGGAACCAACGGAACCACCGGAACCACCAAGACAGUUGUUUUGUGA